AUGCUUGGAAAGAUCGCCCUCGAGGAAGCCUUUGCGCUUCCCCGCUUCGAAGAAAAGACUCGCUGGUGGGCCAGUCUGUUCUCUACCGACCCCGAAACCCACGUCAAGGAAAUCACCGACAUCACUAAGAUCCGUAUCGAACACGCCGACAAGCAUGGCGUCGGCUACCAGAUCCUCUCCUACACAGCGCCUGGUGUCCAAGAUAUCUGGGACGCAAAGGAGGCACAGGCGUUAGCAGUUGAGAUCAACGAUUAUAUCGCGGAGAAGAUCAAAGCAAACCCAGAUCGAUUUGGUGCGUUUGCGUGGCCGUUGGUUCUUUUGUGCCGAUCAAAGUCACGAAGACGACGAACAUAA